AUGUCCUUGAUCUCGAAUACAAUCUGGAAAGCUCAGCAGCGAGAAGAGCUUAUGGCGGCUGAAGCACGGACCACUAGCGGUAUUCCGGGUUCUGGCCGUCUCCAUCCGCCAUACGCAUCGUUGUUUCUCAAUCUUUGCGACAAUCGCUCCAGCGGCCUAAUGUCCCUCCUGCUCGAAGCUGAGAGAUAUGUCGCUAAUCAGAGCUCAAAUCGCAUGCUCAAUGCCUUCAUAACUCCUUUGUGCCGGCAUUCAGGGCGGUGGCAUGAUCAAGCGAAAGAUGCCGAUAUUCGGGGAAAGCAAGGGAAGCUUAGGUCCCGACUGGAUGGCCGGUUCAUCGCAUUCAAAGAUAACAUAUGCACUCGCGACUUCCCUACGACAUGCGCCUCGAAAAGCCUCGAUACAUUCACCAGUCCGUUCAAUGCAACGGUAGUCCAGCAACUGGAAGAUGCGGGGGCCAUUGUCGCCGGAAAGACGAAUUUGGACGAGUUCGGUAUGGGGUCUCAUUCCAUCUAUUCGUCAUUCGGACAUGUCAUGAAUACACGCCGGGGUGAUGAUUCAAAAUUCCUCUCGGCAGGAGGAAGUUCUGGCGGAAAUGCAGUUGCGGUCGCUACGGAUCAGUGCUAUGCGGCACUAGGGACGGACACAGGCGGAUCGAUUCGCCUUCCUGCCGCGUACACCGGAACUGUUGGCUUUAAGCCCUCGUACGGGCUAUUAUCCCGAUGGGGUGUUAUCGCGUAUGCCAACUCACUAGACACCGUUGGGAUCUUGGCAAAGCGAGUUUCAGUGGCUCGAGAUGUAUUUGAUGUUUUAAACAAACAUGAUCCCCGUGAUCCGACGAGUAUUUCGCCGUCGUCAAGGUCCAGGAUAUCCUCGAAGUUGAACUUGCCUCAGCUCACCUCUCGUCUCACGUCCCGCCCCCUUCGCAUCGGCAUUCCGCUCGAGUAUAACAUCUCUGAACUCGCCCCUUCAGUGCGGCAGGCCUGGUGUCACUCCUUGGAAUAUUUGCGUCAGCAGGGACACACAAUUCAACCUGUAUCUUUACCUAUGACCAAGCUAGCUUUGUCAGCGUACUACGUACUUGCCCCAGCCGAAGCAUCUUCAAAUCUAGCGAAAUAUGACGGCGUCAGAUACGGGACUCGAUCGGACGACAGCACAGAGAACCAGUCAGAAACCUACCUAUAUGCGAAAACUAGAGGCGCUGGAUUUGGCCCAGAGGUUAAGCGACGAAUCAUGCUAGGCGCAUUCAGUUUGAGCGCUCAGGCCAUUGAUAAUUACUUCAUCCAAGCACAGCGCAUUCGACGUCUGGUUCGGCAUGAUUUCGAUGCCGCUUUCCAGGCAGAACAUCCCCUGGCCGCCGAAAUACGAAAUGUCGAACUUCGGCAGCAAGCUAAACAAACUGGGAUUGACGUUCUUAUCUCACCAACUGCGCCCACCCCGCCCCCAACCAUCUCAGAUAUUACGGAUACCAGCACGAAAAGGUCAAACUUGGAUGCUUAUAUAAAUGAUGUGUUCACAGUGCCUGCCAGCUUGGCCGGCCUUCCAGCCAUAUCCGUUCCCGUCUCUGGAAAGGAUAAUGCUGGCAAUCAAGAAGGCGACAUCCUGGCUGGCAUUCAGGUAAUCGGCCAGUACGGCGACGAUGAACUUGUGCUCAAAGUCGGGGAAUUGCUAGAAAGGCGUUAACUGUAGAUCAUGUACUAUAAUCAAGUUUUAUAAUGUGGACAUGUAUAGUCUAUGGGAUCUACUAAUAUCGCCUCACAUCCGACUACGGCAAAUCCCCAGCUUGACGUACAGUUCUGUCGUUGUAAUUGAUCACCAAUCCCACCAAUCCAUGACCCAGCUGGUCUAUAGAAGACAUCAG